UUCCCAGUUGGGAGCAUAAGGCCAGAGGCUGCUUUCCUUGUGACUCAGAGGUGCAGCUGCCAACUGCAUCUGCGAAGCCAAGGCCAUCUGGGUCCUGUUAGUCUGAGCACCUGGCAAGCGUUAAGGAAAACCUCUCAAAGACUCUGUGCCUGGACCAAGGAUUCAGAAGCUUUCACGGCCUCUCGAGGCAGCCACAGCUCUGCUCCUUACCUGUGCGCUGCUCUCAGAAUAGACCUGGCGGCUGCCACAGCAGACAAGGACGAGGCCACCAAGGACCAAAGCCAGUGCCCUGAUCCUGGGUCUGUAGGGAUCCACCUCAUAGCCCAAUCUGGGGCAUAAGAGGGGCAACUUCCCCUUUACCUUGUCCUCUUUGGUGUGACCAGAAGACCCUGAGGACGUGGAAGACAGCAGGCCACGUGGCUUAGUCACAGCUCCCAAAGUCAGCGCAGAUCAAUGACUGCCCUGCGUUAUUUGUGAGAAUCUAAAGACCGUAAAGCUCCCAUUGAGGAAGAAAGACUUCUCUUGGAAUCUGGUCCAAAGAGAGCGAUUUGGGGCUCUGUAAUCUACAUAGAGCCUUGCACUGUGACUAUAAUACAAAAACAAUAUCCAGCCUUACUGUACUCAACAUACUCUGAUAUCAAUUCAAUUUCCUCUCUGAAUGUUCUUCUUGAGCAAAAAAAAAAAAAAAAAAAAAAAAAAAACCCACAGGUCAGAACUAGAUAGGCUGCAAGUCACACAUGAGGGUGUGGGCACCACAGUGUCUGAUGUGCCGGAUGUCUGUGGUGGAUGCAAACCCCAGCACCACAGUGUCUGAUCACAGUUCUGAUCACAGUUCUGAUCACAGUGUCUGAGAAGCCGGAUGUCUGCGGUAGAUGUAAACCAGUGCUGAGUUUUUUCCCUCUUCUCUGUGCUCAGUCUUUACUCUCUGUUGGCUCUAAGCUGAAAACAGUUCAUUUCCCUGCAAAGCGAGGUGGUAUCUCCCAGUGCAUGAGUCGUCUUGGCUCCGAUCCCACAACACCACAGGGUGAGGGCUCGGACACGGUCUGCCUUUUCCCUCAGCUCUGGAUGCUGAUGUCCGUACGGAAGAGAGCAGACACACCAUCCAGGGAGCCACUGGGUAUCUCAGAACAUGGCAAGCAGUGGAUACCUGUAUAGCCUGGUGGCUGAAGAUGGAGCCUGGCAGGCGUUUGUAUCCAAGGCCAAGUUGUCCAGGGAGAGAGCAGUGGCCCUCCACAAAGCUCUGAGGGAACUGACAGCGCUCUUGGCCAUAGCAGACAGAGGCAGACUUCAAAAAGGUCUGAAAGGCAGGGAGAAGUUUUUGAAAGUCUUUCCUCGCUUGAAAGCAGAGCUGGUGGAGCAUAUCAGUCAGCUCCAUGCCCUGGCUGACCACGCUGAGAAACUACACAGGGGCUGCACCAUCUCCAACGUGGUGGCUGACUCCUUCAGUGCUGCCUCUGACAUCCUGAGCCUCCUUGGUCUCUUUCUGGCACCUGUGACAGCAGAGGGAAGUCUGGUGCUCUCAGCAACUGGCUUGGGGCUGGGGGUAGCAGCUACUGUGACUGAUGUUGCUACCUCAAUCGUGGAGGAAACAAGCAGGGUUUUGGAUGAAGUUGAAGCUGCUCUGACUGGCACUCAUGUGCUGGGGGAGGCUGGCACAAGUGUAGCUAGGAUUGUCAACAAGAUCCCUCAGGCUACCAGAGACAUCACCAGAGACCUGGAAGCCCUUGAGCAGCACAUGAAUGCCCUCAGGCUGGUUAGAGCUAACCCUCGUUUAGAAGAAGAUGCCAGGAUCCUGGCCACCACAGGAAGCAUCUCUGCCCAACGGGCUAUGCAGGUGCGGGCCAGGCUGGAAGGAACCCCUCUGGCAAUGAGCAAUGAAGCCCGGAUCCAACGUGCCGCCACCGCAGGUGCCGCCCUCUGGAGUGACGUGGACAGCCUUGUCAAAGAGUCAAAGCAUCUGUACGAAGGGUCUGCGUCAGAGUCGGCUGAAGCACUGAGGAAGCUGGCUCGAGAGCUGGAGGAGAAGCUAGAGGGGCUCAUGGAAUUCUACAAGACGAUCUGAUCAGGCCCCAGUCAGUCACCCCAUCCCCAAGACAGGCAGAGGUCAGGGGGGAGGACCUGGACAGAGGAGAGCAAGACUGCAGUCAGGUCCGAGAGACCCAGUGUGUAGGCCUGCUGCUGAACACAGCACAAUCAGGUGAGACCCCCUGGUGCCUGAGACGAGAGACCAAAGGAUGUGCUGCUGUGAGAGGGACUGGAAAGAUUGAACUCUGGACUAAACACGGAAGAAGCCAGUUAAGAGAAGGACUAGAAAGCCCUCCCCAGCUGAGCUACUGCAAACAAGACCCCACAAAAGGCAAACCAGAGAGAAAGGUGUGUGCUCUUUAAACACAUCAUGAGCCCCAUCCCUGUGCUUUAGAGCCUGUGCUUCUCCCCAGCUCCCCAGCCGACACCCAUCCUCAGGCAUGUCAUGGUCCCCUAAAUAAACCGUUUCUGUUGUUCCUCA